GCCUUUCUGUGACUUCUGUGAGAAUCAGUGAUUCCGGGUUCAAAUGUGAAACUAAAACACACCGGUUAUAAAUCAUUCAGCUUUUCUGCCCUCGGUUUUUUAUUUAACAGUGAAUAAAGAGAUAAAUAGCCAUGUUUGUGUCGGCGGAAGCGCGAGCUCCGUGUUUUAAAGGCUUUACUUUAAUCACGCCCGCGGUGUCGGUGGGGAACGUGGGACAGCUGGCCGCGGAUCUGAUCAUCUCCACACUGGACAUGGUGAGAGCCGGACACUUCCACACGGACUGUCUGAUCCCAAUGGCGGGAAAUAAUCCGUACAGCAGCGGCGAGGAGGACGCGGCUCUGCUCAGCACUAACGCUGAAGUUUACUGCCGCAGUGACUUGCAGUUGGCCGUGCUGCAGAUACGGACGCCCAUCUUACCGACGAAGAUGAAAUCUUUCCGUAAGACGCUGGUGUCCUGGAUUAAGACUAGCGGAUUUUCCAGGACGGUGCUGCUGUCCAGCUGUCACGCCCACCACCGAGAUGACCAGCAGCUCCUCAGCAGCUCUCCUCUGAGAUACCUGCUCACUCCAGCUCUGCGGGGGGACACGGAGGGGACGGAGGGGACGCUGCAAAGCUUGGGAUGGAGGGAGAUGGAGAGAGUGAGCGCUUUCCCUGGAGUUACUGAUUCAGACAGACAGCGUCUCUACAUCCCGGGAGGAGGCAUCACUAAAGCACUCUACAACGACUGCUGCAGUGAGAACAUGUCCAUGGCAGUGCUGCUGCUGUUCUGCUCUGAGGGAGACAACAUCCCUGACGCCUUCACUCUCGUCAAUCACCUAAACGACUGGCUCCACCUGCUGGACAAACCGGUUCAGGGCUCUGUUCCGUGGAGAAGCCCGUCCUCCUGGAGGCUGCUGUUCGGAAGCGGUGUUCCUCCCAUGAUCUUCUGAACUCCACCGAGACACAGGAGACGACGAAGGGACGUGUUUCUGAAACGUCAAUGGAGUCUGGACUGGGUGUGUGUGUGUGUGUGUGUGUGUGUGUGUUGCUUAUCACACAAACACACACACAUACACUGCGAUAUUCACAAUAUUCAAAACACCACUAUCCCUUCAUUUCAUUCAGGAAGCUGUCAGAAAGAACCUGAUUAUUCUUUAUCAUCACACGUAUCCCAUAACUCAGUUCAGGGGAAGUGUCGUGAUUUUAAUAUAACGUCAUUAAAUACAACCAUGUCUGUAAACCUUUGCCAAAUUCUGUUGUCUUUAUAAUGUUUGUUACUGGAAAAUGUCUGAUUCUCAUUAAACAGAAUGACUUUUCUGAAA